AUGGCGGGCAUUGACAUUUCAAAAUAUGCCCAUAGUCCUGUGCAUAAAGCCAUUGCAACCAAAGAUUAUGCCACUCUCAGGAAGAUAGUAGCUGGCCUUCCCCGUCUAUGCAAUCCAGCUGAGAUUCGGACUGAAGCGAUUUCAUUGGCUGAGGAAGAGAAGGCUGAUACUAUUGCUGCUGCAAUUGAUAGGCGUGAUGUACCAAACCGCGACACCCCUCUUCACUUGGCUGUCAAACUAGGUGAUGACACUGCAACCGAGAUGCUCAUGGUUGCUGGUGCAGAUUGGAGUUUGCAGAAUGAGCAGGGAUGGAGCGCUCUCCAAGAAGCUAUCUGCAACAGAGAAGAAGGGAUUGCGAUGACUAUUGUCAGGCAUUACCAGCCGCUGGCAUGGGCAAAGUGGUGUAGGAGGUUGCCUCGUUUGGUGGGAACAAUGCGAAGGAUGAGGGACUUCUACAUGGAAAUAACAUUCCAUUUUGAGAGUUCUGUGAUACCUUUCAUCUCAAGGAUUGCUCCUUCAGAUACUUACAAAAUUUGGAAGAGAGGUGCAAAUUUGAGGGCCGAUAUGACUUUGGCUGGUUUUGAUGGUUUUAGGAUUCAGCGUUCAGAUCAGAGUAUUCUUUUCCUCGGUGAUGGAUCUGAGGAUGGGAAAGUCCCUUCUGGGUCACUUUGCAUGAUCACACACAAGGAUAAAGAGGUGAUGAAUGCUUUGGAUGGUGCUGGUUCUCCAGCAACUGAUGAAGAGGUUCGGCAAGAAGUGGCUGCAAUGUCUCAGACUAAUAUAUUCAGGCCGGGGAUUGAUGUAACCCAAGCAGUUCUUUUGCCACAGCUGACAUGGAGGCGGCAGGAGAAAACAGAAAUGGUGGGUUCAUGGAAGGCAAAGGUCUAUGACAUGCACAAUGUGGUUGUUAGCAUCAAAUCUAGAAAGGUCCCAGGGGCAAUGUCGGAUGAUGAGUUCUUCUCAUCCUGCAAUGAUAAUGAAACAGAAAGUGAGGAGCUCAGUGACAUUUUGACAGAAGAAGAAAAAAGGCAACUUGAAGUUGCACUUAAAUUGGAUACAUCAGAACUGAGCUCUGAGAAUGCUGAUGGGAUUAUUGCGCAUCGUCAUAGUUGUUAUGAGCACAGGGAGAUUCCUAUUGAAGAUUCAAAUGGCUGUAGAAAUGGAGAGACAAAGCAGGAAAAGAAAGGGUGGUUUGGUGGUUGGAGGAAACGAGAUUCUAAAGUUGAAGGGCAGAAGAAAAUUGUUCCACCAAGAAGUUCUCUUUGUGUGGAGGAGAAGGUGAGUGAUUUACUGGGGGACUCUCCAUCUGGAAGUCAGCCUAAACCAGGAAGGCAUUCUGUGGAGAUUGUUGUGAGGGAUGAGCACCGGAAAGGGAAAGAUAGCAAGGCAUCUACUUCUGUGAGUUCUGAGAGCCAUAAUCGUCGCAAGGAAGGAGGCCGUGAGAAUGAGUAUAAGAAAGGAUUAAGACCUACUCUUUGGCUUUCUCCAAAUUUCCCAUUGCAAACUGAAGAGCUUCUUCCACUGCUCGACAUUCUUGCAAACAAGGUUAAGGCAAUUCGUCGCUUAAGAGAGCUGCUCACAACUAAACUUCCUAUGGGAACCUUUCCAGUCAAGGUUGCUAUCCCAGUAGUUCCUACCAUCAGGGUACUGGUAACAUUUGCAAAGUUUGAAGAACUGCAGCCAUUGGAUGAAUUUGCAACACCUCCUUCAAGUCCUACACCUGCAGGACGAGAAAGUCCGAUGGUUAUGCCGUCCUCAACUUCAUCUUGGUUUCAGUGGAUAAAAGCCCCUUACCAACGCCCUGGCUUGACUGCUGGUGGCUCAAGCAGUCGGAUAGAAAACAUUCAUGAUCCAUUUGCGAUUCCUCCAGAUUAUACUUGGGUUACAGCUGAAGCGAAGAAAAAGAAGAUGCAGGAGAAGAACAGAUCAAAGAAAGCUAAAAAUAAUGGUCACUAA